CUUGUCAUCUAGGCUGUAGCCGUGUAAACAAAACCAUUUCCAAUUUCCCGCCUUUCCAGUUCUCAUCCCUCUCGCUUCCUCGCAUAGCUAGGCCGGCCGGAGCAAGAAUGGCGGAAUUCAAAGGCCAGCCUCGUCUCCCCGAGUUCGCCGUCCCGAAACAUUACGAAAUCCGCCUGAAACCCGACCUCAGCUCCUUCAGAUUCGCCGGCUCCGUCGCCGUUGAUCUCGACAUCGUCUCCAGCACCAAAGCCAUCGUCCUGAAUGCUGCUGAGCUCUCCAUCACCUCCGGCUCCGUCUCCUUCUCCAGCAAAGCUACCUCCGAGGUGAUGAAGCCGGUGACGGCUGAAGCGGUGGAAGCAGACGAAAUACUGAUACUGGAGUUCCCCGAGACGAUUCCCUUAGGGAUUGGAGUUCUCAAGCUCGAAUUCGAGGGAAUUCUGAACGACAAGCUCAAGGGAUUUUACAGAAGUGCGUAUACGAUCAAUGGAGAGACGAAGCAUAUGGCGGUUACUCAGUUCGAGCCUGUCGAUGCGAGGAGGUGCUUCCCUUGUUGGGAUGAACCAGCUCUCAAGGCUACGUUCAAGAUCACAUUAGACGUUCCCUCGCAACUAGUUGCACUUUCCAACAUGCCUGUGACCAAGGAGGAAGUAGAUGGUUCUGUGAAAACAGUUUUUUAUCAGGAGACACCUCUAAUGUCGACCUAUUUGGUUGCGGUUGUUGUCGGGAUGUUGGACUAUGUGGAAGAUCAUACGUCUGAUGGAGUCAAAGUUCGAGUAUACAGUCAGGUAGGGAAGGCAGAUCAAGCGAAAUUUGCUCUGGAUGUUGCUGUCAAGACACUUGAGUUCUACAAAUCAUACUUUUCCAUUCCAUAUCUUCUUCCAAAGCUGGAUUUGAUUGCAAUCCCUGACUUCGCUGCUGGGGCUAUGGAGAAUUAUGGCUUAGUCACAUUUCGUGAAACGGCCUUGCUCUUUGAUGAGCAGCGUUCUGCUGCUGCUAACAAACAAAGGGUCGCUGAGGUAGUGGCCCAUGAACUGGCACACCAGUGGUUUGGUGAUCUUGUAACAAUGAAGUGGUGGACACAUUUGUGGCUGAAUGAAGGUUUUGCAACUUGGAUGAGCCAUCUUGCAAAUGAUAAUCUCUUUCCAGAAUGGAAAGUAUGGACCCAGUUUCUCGGUGAAUUUAGUGAUGCUCUUAGGCUGGAUAGCCUUGAAGAGUCGCACCCCAUUGAGGUAGAGAUAAAUCAUGCCUCCCAGAUAGAUGAGAUAUUUGAUGCUAUUAGCUAUCAAAAGGGUGCCUCAGUUAUCCGUAUGCUGCACAACUAUCUUGGUGCUGAACCAUUCCAGAGGUCAAUUGCUUCAUACGUAAGAAAGUACGCUCACUCAAAUGCGAAAACUGAAGACUUAUGGACUGCCCUUGAAGAAGGAUCUGGGAAACCAGUUAGCAAGCUAAUGAAUUUAUGGACAAAGCAGAAGGGGUACCCCAUUGUAGCUGUCAGUUUAGUCGAAGAUCAGAAAUUGAAAUUUGAACAGUCACAGUUCUUGCUAAAUGGUGCUGCUAGUGAUAGCCAAUGGAUUGUCCCUAUAUCGUCAUGCUAUGGGUCAUAUGGUGAACACAAGAGUCUUUUGCUGGAAUCAAAGUCGGGAACUCUUGAUAUCAAGGAAUUCGUGGGUUCCAAUGUUGUGGAGGACAGCAGCGUAUGGAUCAAACUUAAUGUGGCCCAGACUGGUUUCUAUAGGGUGAAGUAUGACAAUGACCUGACAGCAAGACUGAGGACUGCCAUAGAGAAGAAAUACCUGAAUGACAUGGACAGAUAUGGCAUUCUGGAUGAUGCAUUCGCCCUUUGUAUGGCUCGACAGCAGCCAUUGACCUCGUUGCUCACUCUCUUGAGUUCAUAUGGGCAGGAACUUGAGUAUAUCGUUCUGACUAACUUGAGUAACAUAUGUCGAACUGUACAAAGAAUAGCAGCUGAUGCAACCCCAGAAUUGCUGAAUUCCGUUAACCAAUUCUUCAUCAACCUUUCCAUGAACUCUGCCAAGAGGCUUGGUUGGGAUCCUAAGCAAGGUGAAAGUCAUCUUGACUCAAUGUUGAGAGGAGAUAUCCUGACAACGCUAUCUUUGUUUGGACAUGGCCCAACUUUAACUGAAGCAAAUAAGCGAUUUCAAGCAUAUCUAGAUGACAGAAACACUCCACUGCUGCCGCCUGAUAUAAGACAGGCAACAUACGUGGCUGUGAUGCAGACCGUGAGUACCAAAAACACAUGGGGCUAUGAAUCUCUUCUUCGAGUUUACAGAGAGACAGAUCUGAGUCAAGAGAAAACACGCGUUCUGGGUGCCCUGGCAUCCUGUCCGGAUCCAGAUAUUGUUCUGCAAGUUCUGAACUUUUUGUUGACCCCUGAGGUACGAAAGCAAGAUGCUGCUUUGGGACUUGCUGUCUCCAAGGAAGGGCGUGAAACCGCUUGGAAAUGGUUCAAGGCUAACUGGGAGAACAUAUGGCAAACGUUGGGCUCCGGGUCUUUAAUAAAUCGUUUCAUCAAAGCUAUUGUCUCCCCGUUGGCCUCUUCUGAGAUGGUGAAGGAAGUGGAGAACUUCUUUCAGAAUCGUACGACGGCUUCGACGUCAAGAACGGUGAAGCAAAGCAUUGAGAAAGCCCGGAUCAAUGCGAUGUGGGUUGAGAGCAUUCGGAAGGAAACGAAGCUGGCAGAGGUGGUUAAGGAAUUAGCAAACAGAACGUACUAAACUUGCAGCAGUAUAAAACAGAUUGCUUUAUACUGCCUUGCACGCUUAAAAAAUAUAUAUUGGCUCCGUGACUUGUGCAGUUUGGUGUAUGUAAUGUAACGUGUUAUACUUGAAGUAUCUCUUGGACAUGUAACCUGACAAUCAACUGCAGCAGUCCUGCAUAUAUGUAUGUGUUGCUUCACCUGCUUUCUGAUGCCC